AUGGCGACAUGCAAGUUUGGCAACUAUCAAUUCCAAUGGACCGGACUUCACCUCCCUCGGGAAGAGACGGAUCCGCUACGCUAUGAGUACGACGAGCUAGGAAGCGAAGUGGUGGAGAAGCUGCAAGAAAUCUCCCGGCAGAAGCAACAGCUGGAGGAAGACGGCACAAGCCGGGCCAGAACGGAUCUAUACGUCCUUCUAAAGGACAACCACCACAAUGACGAGACUCUGACGAAAUUCUGGAAUGAGGUGCACACAGUCCCCGAGUGGGUAGAUUGGGCUCAGUUGGAGCGAGGGCAAAAGUUCUUUUACCGAUAUGCACCUGCGAAUCUCAUGGGAUUCGCCUUGCAAGGCUUCAUGGGCGAGAACUCGGCUGCCUCUGGUGUUGUUGAGGUCCUGGUUCGUACAGGUGGUUUCUCAACCCGUGUACUACUGCGGAGGCUUCUUGAGACGUUUCAAUUCAUCCUCCAAGCGACCAAGUCUCUCGAAGCCAUCAAGCCAGGAGGAGAAGGCCACAUCACCACGGUUCGCGUGCGGCUGCUUCACUCUUCGGUCCGACAGCGCAUCAUGAAGCUCGCCAAGUCUCGGCCGGACUAUUUUGAUGUGGACAAGUUUGGAGUUCCUGUUAACAAGCUGGACUCGAUCCAUUCCAUCACGACGUUUGCCUGCAACCACAUGUGGCUUCAACUGCCCCAGAUGGGCGUGCACCCGAACCAGCAAGAAACCGCCGACUACAUCGCCCUCUUCCGUUAUCUUGGAUACAUACUGGGCACCCCGCAUCAUUAUUUUGAUACCGUCCCCAAGGCCAAGGCAGUCAUGGAGAGCAUGCUCAUCCACGAGUUACGCGUCACGCCGACGUCUCUCAUCGUCGGGCACAACUUCGUCGAGUGUCUCAAAGACCUGCCCCCUUUCAACAUAUCGGCCCAAUUCAUCGAGGCCGGAAGCCGUGUUCUGAAUGGUGACGAGCUCUGCGAUUCCUUAGGUCUCGGUCGCCCUGGGUGGUAUUCGUACGCGUGCUUCAAAGGCCACUGUUGGUUGGUGCAGGUGCUUGCCCUCGCACAGCACAAUAUUCCAUCCCUUGAUCAUAAGAUUACCAAGUUCUGGAAGGAUCUCUUGCAUGAAGCUGUCAUCCAGAGUAAAAGUGGCUUGAACGGUGGCUCAAAGUUUGACUUCAAAUACGUUCCGCAUGUGGGUAGAGUGACGGGUAGAGAGGAUAAUGAGCGGCCACCACCUAAGUGGUCAGCGGUGGCAAGACCCGUGGAAACCUUCUAUUCCGGCGUAUUUCUAACAGGAUGUCUGAUUGUACUAGGAAUCACGUGGUCCCUUUGGCGGGUUGCGUUCCUGUUUAUCUAG